CUACUUCUCAGUAAAGAAGGAAAAUUUACUGGAAAAAAUAUAUUAAAUAGUUUCUGGAAAAGAUGAAUCCCCCCCACUGUCCUCCUUUUGUACUGAUGGCUGGUAGUCUCUAUUGGAUUUGGAGUUGUUUUUAUUAAUUUGCAAAAAAAACUAAACUGAGGUGUAGUUGGCUCUUGGCCUUUUUUGUAACAAGAGAGUUAGCAUUGUAGCAACCUCUCUCUCUUCUUAUUUUGGCUCCUCCUCACCUUCUCUCUCUCUCUCUCUCUCUCUCUCUCUCAGAGUCACUUGUUCUCUUUGAUCUAAUUCUCUCCCAAUUUCAUUCUUAUGGUCAUCUAGAAUUAUAAUGAACCAGGUGGCAGAUUACUCUGAGUUUGUUGAAGUUGAUCCCACUGGCAGAUAUUACAGAUACAAUGAAAUCCUUGGCAAGGGCUCAUCAAAAAUAGUGUAUAGAGCUUUUGAUGAGUAUGAAGGAAUUGAGGUUGCUUGGAAUCAAGUGAAGCUGUAUGAUUUUUUACAGAGCCAAGAUGAGCUUGAGAGGCUCUACUGUGAGAUACACCUCCUCAAAACCCUCAAACACAAGAACAUCAUGAAGUCCUAUACGUCUUGGGUUGAUGCGUCGAAGAGGAACAUCAACUUUGUUACUGAAAUGUUCACCUCCGGUACUCUCAGACAGUAUAGACAGAAGCAUAGGAGGGUUAAUAUCAGGGCAGUGAAGCACUGGUGCAGACAAAUCUUGAAGGGUCUUCUUUAUCUUCACAGCCAUGAUCCCCCUAUUAUACACAGAGACCUGAAGUGUGAUAACAUCUUCAUCAAUGGCAAUCAAGGCGAGGUCAAGAUUGGCGAUCUUGGCCUUGCUGCCAUUCUUCGAAAUUCUCAUGCUGCACAUUGUGUAGGGACACCGGAAUUCAUGGCUCCAGAGGUAUAUGAAGAAGAGUACAAUGAGUUAGUCGACAUUUAUUCAUUUGGAAUGUGCGUGUUGGAGAUGGUCAUGUUUGAGUAUCCUUAUAGCGAAUGCACUCAUCCGGUGCAAAUCUACAAGAAAGUCAUUUCAGGGACUAAACCUGAUGCUUUAUAUCGAAUUGAAAACCCCGAGUUGAGGCGAUUUGUGGAGAAGUGCUUGGCUACUGUGUCAAGAAGACUCUCUGCAAGAGAACUACUAGAGGACCCUUUUCUUUGCAUUGAUGAUCACGCUUCAGUAUCUAGCGAUGAAUUUGUGAAUGGAUACUUCAAUGAUGUUCAUCCCCAAGCAGAUAUAGUAAAUGAUUGGGAUUAUGAUUUUACCAAUGGAAUGGACCUGUUUGAUAACCAUGAGGAAGAUGAGCAGAGUCCUGAUUUAGAUAUCACGAUUAAAGGGAAAAGGAAAGAAGAUGGAGGGAUUUUUCUGAGACUUCGGAUUGCAGAUAAAGAUGGUCGAGUGAGAAAUAUCUACUUCCCCUUUGACCUUGACACUGAUACCGCCUUAAGUGUAGCAGCUGAAAUGGUAACAGAGUUGGAUAUGACAGAUUAUGAAGUGACCAGAAUAUCUGAAAUGAUCGAUAAUGAGGUAUCUUCCUUAGUCCCUGAAUGGGCGAAAACUGGAAGAUUUUCUCCUCCAACUGGUUUAUGUGAACGUUGUGCAUCAAAUGUAUCAUCUUGUGGUUCAUUUCUUGAUUUCCUUUGUAAGGCUCAAGGGUUACAUAACAUUCAGUCAGUCUGUUGUUCUAACCUAGAAUGUGCAGCAAUGCACGGACGAUUUGAGGAGAUUACGUAUCAAGUGGAGGGAUUACAGAAGCAGUAUUCGAUGGGAGGAGCACCUGUGCUCUCUACAAGCCGAUCAGAUGAGCCUGAUGUGUCUGAUGAAGAUUCCGAAGGUGAAACCAAAGAAAGAGGACGAGAUAGUCGAAUACAUAACAUCGGUGAAGAUUCUGAAGGCGAAAGCGAAGAAAGAGGACAAGAUGGUCAAAUACAUAAUGUUGAUGUGCUGGAGGGAGGGGAAGUUUAUGACAGUGAGGUUCGUCAAGAGCCGAGAUGGAUUGAGGCUAAGUAUCAAACGGAGUUAAAAGAAGGUACGAACAGGCGAUCGGGAGGAUUAAGAAGAAUUCUUCACUCAUCUCCAGACUUGCAAAGGGAUUGCAGAUUGGAGAGUAGAAUUCAAGACUACCCUUCAAGUUAUGCGCAAUUUCAAGUGUUCGACGAAAAGCUGAUGGAGAAAUCUGGUUUCAAUGCUGAAAGAAGUCCAGCGCUCUUUACUGUGAAAAACUUCUAUAAAACUGGAUCCCUCUUAUCAAAUUGCCUCGCAAGAAAUUCUAUGUCAGUAAUUUCAUGUGGAAAAAAAUCUAUUUAA